CGCACGAUGUGGGGGCUAUGUCCGCCGCCCUGCAAGCCGAUCCAUCUCACAGCCCCCAAAGAAAGCUGUGCAGGAAAAAAGGUGGUCCCACUCAAAAACACCGUUUCGAAGCUAACGCUAGAAAAUCCAAACUAUGUUUAGUUAUCGAUAUGUUUACAUACUCGCUGAAGAAUUGUUAAACGAUUUUCACGUCGGUCAUUGAAGAUGUUAGUGAAUACAAUCAGGCGAGAUAGUCGAUGAAGUGAUCUAGAACAACUGGAAUAAAGUUUGAAAAACCAGAACCCAAAAAAUGGAGAGAACAGCUGAGAGUGGGGUGAGGAGGUUGGCGUUGGCAACUGGUGGAAUCCUGCCCCGUUACUCCUCUAUCGUGUGUAAUUAAAAGCGAAGGCUAAAGCAACCCUUGACGCUAGAAAUCCUGGAAGAGGCCGACCGACGAGCAGUGAGGGAUUCUUCAUAGAUUGAUAAGAACAAAAACUGUAGUGAACCUGUGGUGGACAAAUCUGCUGGUCCUUUGUGGGGUGAGGCCUGUGUGAAGCCUGUUCAAGGGGUCAUCCCUACUGGGUGGUGUAGGCUGUUACUGGGCCGAGACUGGAUGUUGCCCGGGCGAUGAGGAUGUCCUGCUGGCACCAGGGGAGCUGGAUCGUGACGUGAUGGGGUGCCGGACGAGCAAGGUCCUCCCUGAGGCCCCUGCCGACGUCCAGCUCGAUCUGGUCAAGAAAGUGGAGCCGCACCAUACCGAUGUCUACAAGAACUUCAUCCGGGGAGAUGGCUCGACGGAGAAGACGGGGGGCUCCUCUUCUCCUCACGCUAAGGGGCAGGCUGCAGCUGCUGCCACCACUGCCGCCGCCAUCCCGAAGACCGGCCAGUCACCUCCGCCUGCCGCCCAAGCAGUGGCAGGCGCACCUUCUGACUCGACUGACCCCCGGAGGAACAAGGUGGCGCGCUACCGCGCCAAGUUCGACCCACGGGUCACGGCGAAGUACGAGAUCAAGGCGCUGAUCGGGCGGGGCAGUUUCAGCCGGGUGGUGCGCGUGGAGCACAAGAGCACGCGGCAGCCGUACGCCAUCAAGAUGAUCGAGACCCGCUACCGUGAGGGCCGCGAGGUGUGCGAGUCGGAGCUGAACGUGCUGAGGCGCGUGCGCCACACCAACAUCAUCCAGCUGAUGGAGGUGUUUGAGACGACCGAGCGCGUCUACAUGGUCAUGGAGCUGGCGACGGGCGGCGAGCUCUUCGACCGCAUCAUCGCCCGCGGGUCCUUCACCGAGCGCGACGCCACGCGGGUCCUGCAGAUGGUGCUGGACGGCGUCAAGUACCUGCACAUGCUUGGCAUCACCCACCGCGACCUCAAGCCUGAGAACCUGCUCUACUACCACCCGGGCGCCGACUCCAAGAUCAUGAUCACCGACUUCGGCCUGGCCAGCACGCGCAAGAAGGGCGACGACUGUCUGAUGAAGACCACGUGUGGCACGCCCGAGUACAUCGCUCCCGAGAUCCUGGUGCGCAAGCCGUACACCAAUGCGGUGGACAUGUGGGCUCUUGGGGUCAUCUCCUACAUCCUGCUCAGCGGCACCAUGCCCUUUGAGGAUGAGAACCGCAUGCGUCUCUACCGACAGAUCCUCAAGGGCAAAUACAGCUACACUGGAGAGCCCUGGCCAAGUGUGUCCAACCUGGCAAAGGACUUCAUUGACCGUGUGCUGACUGUGGACCCGAGCGAGAGGCUGACCGCCGGACAGGCUCUUAAGCACCCGUGGAUCGUCAGCAUGGCCGCCUCGUCUUCCAUGAAGAACCUGCAGCGCUCCAUCUCACAGAAUCUCCUGAAGAGGGCGUCGUCGCGCUGCCACAGCACCAAGUCGGCCCAGUCCACACGCUCCAGCCGCUCAACCAAGUCCAGCAAGGCGCGCCGGGCCCGGGAGAAGGAGCUCCGCGAGCUCAACCGCCGCUACCAGCAGCAGUACAACGGCUGAACCUACAGAUCCAGUUUGGGCAAGGCCGGGGACAGAACCCUCCAGGGGCAAUGGUGCUGGAGUUGGCCGUGGUGGGUUUAACGGGCCCAGGAAGAAGACAGAGGGGUUGGGCACGGUGGGUGUUUGGUGGGUGCACCCUCAUGUUUCUCUGGGGGUGGAUCAGAGCAGUCUCUCUCCAUCUCCCUUCAUUGUACUUCCUGGAACCCAGAGCCAAACGAAAUAAAAAGGAAAAAAAAAGAGAAAUGACAAGACAUUGACUCUGCUCUGUUCAUGUUUGUUUAUUUGUCCCCCUACGUGGUCUGUCAUUUCCUCCUAUGUUUGUUUUUUCUUAUUUAUUUAUUGUUGUUUUAUGUCAUUAUCAUCGUCAUGGUCACAUUAAUGCCUUUAUUCCGAUUGUAUCUGUUGAACAGAGUUCUAGUUAAUGACUUAUUUUUUUUUAGGAAGGGUUAGUACAAAAAUAAAGUCAGCUGUUUUGUUCCUUCCUAAUUUUUUUGCUGUGAAUUGUUCUUAGGGCGUCGGAAUAGCACAUUCCAUGCAAUGGAAGAAGUAUACUGUACCCUAUCUUAUAUAUCUUUCAUUUUUAUUUGUUUGGCAAUGCAUGGUGUUGAUUCAUCGCAUUGAUUAUGUAGGCCAAAUUAAAAUGUUGUUUUGUAUUUUCUCUUUAAUUUUAGUCAGAAAAAGGUAAGAAUACAUUAGUGAUAGAAAAAACGUUCAUGAAACCACUUUUAUAAAGCUAUUAAAGUCUUAUACAUUGGUGGCUAUUGUGAAAUAUGUCAAAUGAAGCCUUGGAAUAUUCUGGGUCACUGAUAUUGGAUGUUGGGAAAGCCACCUUUGUGAUUCGGGGGUUAAACGGCUCUCAAACAAGUGAUAAAGGAGAAGAAACCAUUGUGGUUAAAAUCUCUUAAAAUUAUCCAGAAACUGAAAGUGCUCUUAUUUUUGCCACACAAAUUCAUGUGUCUCAUUUUGUAAUUUAUAUGUUGUUCUGAGAUAGGAUGUUGGUAAAUUUCUGAGUAAUGAAGACUACACAACAUGCCCUAGUCUGCCCUUGAUAUGAGUGCUCAAGAUUUGCUGUGUGGUUUUACUCUUUCAUGGAAUGUGGUUCAUGUUGACGGCAAUGAUCUUGUUGAAUACACUUUAUAGGAAAAAUGGGCAGGGAGCCCAAGAAUAGUUUCUGCGCUUUAGUCAUUCCAAGGUGAGAGAGGUCAAAAUGAUUUUUGAGAUAUUUCUUACCACAUUUACCCCACAAUAAUUAGAAAUUCCUCUGAGAUUUUGUUAGGAUUAAGUUCUGAAGUUUUAUUUUCAUGCAGCAGGUUUACGUAAACAUGAGAGCCCCUGACUGUGAUUUGGAUCAGAAAGAAAUAACCAUCUGGGAAAUUUAAUCACAAUUCAACAUGUGUUUAAUUUGGUGGAAAUACCCAUUCUCAUUAUUUCAGAUGGCAUUUACUUCUUGCACUGUGCAUAGUGCUAAUUUGAAAACGAUCUAUGAUUUGCCUCUGUGCACCUUAUAAGCAUCACUUUAGCUCAAUUCAGAAACCCUGCCUGGAGCCUCCUACAACUGCCCAGCUUUUUUAGAAACAACUUAAAAGUGCCCAAUUGUUUUGUAUUUUCACUUUGUGGACUACAGUAAUCCUUUUUGUAUGUUUUGGGGACACCACUGUCUUUAAACGUUUUCUAUGUAUUUGUUUUUCUUAUUCUACCAAAUGUAUGAUUUCAGAAAUCAGUAGAAGAUUGAGAGUAAUUUGAUUUGCGGGAUGGACAAAGAGUAUCAUUUGUAAUUCAGUGAAAUUUUAUGAGGCCAUUUUUGCUUUAAAUAGAAGAGCAGUACAUUAAAUGCUAGGGGUUAAAAUGUGUUCAGCUUGAUGUGUUACCAAAAAGGGAAAAUGAACAAAACCGUGCCCUGGUAUAGUACUGCUUCUAUACCCUCCGUCUUUACCAUGUUUCUAUCACAUUGCCAUCUCUGCACAAUUUUGCAUAAGGGAAACAGAAGUACAUCCGAUGAAGUCAAUUCAACACUGUCUCCUUAAUGGAAAUGUAUUUCUGUGUGUUUGUUUAUGUGUCCAUGCUUUGCGUGUGUGUGUGUCUAAAACGAAGGAUAUGCAUAUGUUUGCAUAAUUAUGUUCUGUUCACUUAAUGAUUUUUUUUUGUUCUAAAAACAGUGAAUUUGUACAGUUUCUUUGUCUAAGAGUAUUAA